AAAAAGGAGCUUCGCCUUAAAAUGUGUCCCCGUCUCCGCAGGUGUUCGACAAAAUCUUGGCUGAGCACGGCUUACUGGGUUUUCCGUUCAGCAGCCAGCCCGACUCCUCAGCGUCGGACAGCAAAGACGGUGACCUGUCGACCGCAGCGGCCAAAGUCCUCGCUCUCUCUGCCAUUCCUGCUAUUGUAGAUGUUCGGGUAGUCAAGGCGUGGCCACAUUCGGCCGGCGGACGCCCGUCCAGGUCAAGGGCGGCUCCUUCCAGCGACAGCUGGCCGCCCUGGUGACGCAGUUCGGCGCCACGCUGCUACGAAACUACCUGGCCUUCCGCAUGUACGUGCGCUACGCCCCGUUCCUGGAGCGGAGGACCGGGCGCUUCAGCCGGCUGGUGCAGCUGUCGGCCGCGCUCCGGCCCGGCUGGCAGGACGGGGACCCGGCGGCCGACGUCGCCGACCUUCGCUGCCUGAGGCUGGUGGCGGGCGCGGCCCCCGAGCUCGUGGCGUUCGUCUACUGGAACGGGGCGAGGCUCGGAGACCGGAGGCGGAGAGGAGGACUGAGUCCGAAACAGCGCGCGCGACUGCAGCGCCACUUCCGCGAGAUGACGCGCCGCCUGGUCGACUGGAUCGUGAGCACGUCGGCGCGCGAGGUGGCGCGUUCCAAACGCACGUCCCGCGAGCUCUCCUCCCGUUUCCUGCGCUCGACGGGCUCGCUCCGGCGGCAGCUAUUCCUGCCGGACUGGCUGCGCAAGCAGCGGUUGCGCAUGCGCUUUGCCGAGCUGGCCUUCGCCGACGCCGAGGAGUCUCCGCUGGCCACGUGGAGAGCGGUGCUGGCGUCCCGCAAGAGGAACGCGCUGCUCAAGAUCGCCGACAGGGGCUUCGAGACGUUCUGGGAGGGUCCAGCGCUAAGGGACACACCGUGGUUGGAUGUGGACGAGGAGUACAUAGCUGUGCCACCAGGUGCCGUUGACACCACGUUCGACGGGCCCUCCUUCUUCAUUCGCCACUCGCCCAGGCUGGGCGUGGACUUGGCUCGGCUACUGGCGGAUCGUCUCGACCAGAUGGCCGCCUCGGAGAGGCAAUCGUACCGCUCGUCGUCCUCCUCUCUGCGCCUGCGCAUUGACCUGCUGGGCGACUGCCUGCGGCGGCAGCAACACCAGUACGGCGCCCGCACUUCCAGCGACGCCGCCUCCCGAGAGGACGUGCUCGACCUACUCGCGCUGCACGUGGCGCUGCGCGUGUUCCGACAGCAAGCAGCCAGAGGCAGCAAGCGGUUUCAGCUUCGCGGCAGCGCAGGCGCCAACGUGACGUACGCCACGGACAAACUGUUUUUCUACGAGUUCGCGCUGGACCGUUGCGAGUCGUACGACGGGGACUACCUGCAGCAGCGGGCUCGCCACGGCGUCCGCUCUCCCGCGCCUACGCUCGUCAACGGAGCGCUGAGGAACUUCCGGCCCUUCGCGCGGGCAUUCAACUGCUCCCACAAUUCUCGCAUGAGGCCCAAGAAGGCCUGCGAGCUUUAGCCUGGCGCGGUGUAACUGUAAUUAGGCUCUCUUUAGAAACGCUGUAAGCGGGCUGACUGAUUCCUCUGCCCGUAAAAUAUUUUACGAUUCCUCAAGUUCAUCGUGAGAUAUCAUCGUUUCUGUUGUGUGCGCUGUUAGGAGAAUUGUGAUUGGCUCACCACGUUGGUGAUGACGCGUAGUUCGCGAGUCGUGCGUGCUAUUCACCUCGUUCUGCGAAAGGGCUGCAUCUGGUUGCGCACACACUGGCAAUGCGGAAAAAGAAAUGAUCACGCUUAUCGGAUGGCCGAGUCAUCUUGUUCAUUCGUUUCUAGGGUGACCUUCUAUUCGUAUUUAUUCAGCAUAAAUACAAAAAGAGCACGUUUGUAUGCUGGGGGCACGGACCGAAAGCCAUGAAGGCACGACGGUAUCUGUACGCUGUUUGAGCUUGUCACGUGAGGUGAAAUAAAAUAAUUACUGUGUCCGAAGAUAUUCUUAAGCGGGGGGGGGCACCAGAUAUCACUGUUGAAGACCACUGCUUAGUAUAGGGAAAGUGAGGCUGAAGCGAAACUUGCAUGCGACGAACUAAGCGUCAAUGGGGAUCUCCCUGGUUGGGAUGCAGAAAAGCAAAUGCCCACCAAGCUCACAAAAAAGGAACCUGGCGACACUUGUAUAAAUUUUUGUCAUUGAAGUUAUUGAACAUUAGCUGUAAAAGCAUAAUAAACAACGCUACUGAGCUGGAAGGCGUUUUGAGCUAGAAGGCAUUUUUAUUACCUCACUUGCCUGACAUUGUUGUGUGAACAGAGACUUGGCCAAAUGUAGGCCUUAGUUGCUGUGAAUUUGUUCCAAGUGAGGUUAAAUUAUGUAGGAAAGGCUGUGGAUCCAAAGGAGGGUGGGCUUGUAUUAUUUUUAUUGAAGGCUACAAAAUAAUAAAAUUGACGCAUGUACCUAAGAGAGUGUGCUUAUUUUGUAAGGUAUAUCAUGGUUGUAAGGUACAUUAUCGGUGCCGUGUAUAGACAAUCCGGCUCAUCUCUAUAGCUUUGGGAGAAACUUAAAAGCUACAUGCAUAGGUACGUUAAAGCUGCUGAUAAAACAAUACUGUCUGGUGAGCUUAACCAGACUGACGCAGACUGGCAAACCUUUUCCACAGUGUGCUUCAAUGUUACCUCUCGUGAAGCUAUGCAGGAUAGGGCGUUUAGUUUUGAUUUAUUGCAAAUGGAUAAAUAACUAUACUCGUAUCAAGGAAGCUCUAAAUCUGUUCUCGAUCUAUUCCUUGUAAGCUUAAGUAUUAACAAGAAGUACAACUGUGAAUUGUUACCAGGUGUGUCAGAAUAAAAGGCUGUACUGCUGACUGUA